UCCUAAGAAACAACGUGUUUUCAUCCAAUUUAAAUGUUAAAAUAAUCUGUCCCUGGGGCUUUUAACUCGUUAAAAUUUGUAUAAAAAAGUUGGAAACCAAACAUUACGAAUUGUGAACACGAAGGCGACUGAAAGAAGUUCGCCGACAGGCGCUUAAGAUAUUGUAUAUUAUUAUUAUUAGUUUUGAUUGGGGGAUGCGGAAGGGCGGAGGAGUUGGGGAAGGAGAAGUGGAUAAGUGGGUCACUUGUCCAAAGAACAAUUUGCAGCGCUGCUUGAUGAGCGAUAUCGUAAUCAUAUCAUGAAUGUGAACAAUUUGACAAACUCGCAUAUAGAUGAAGUGCACACUUUAAAACUUCGACUUUUUUUUAUUUUCAAGCAAGCCAUUUGUUCAUUUGUUACUUACGUUGUGACAUCAGUAUGAAGUUCACUUGGAUUCUUUCGGUUACUGUGGUAUUCUGCUAUUUAGCCGUUUUCUCUACCCAGGGAGAAAUUAUUUACCAUCAGACCAUGACGCCAUCUUGGUUGGAGGCGCAUGCGUCAUAUCUUGACAGUUUUCGUACAGCAACCGCUGAACAGCUGACAUUCAACGCAGCCUCAGUGGAUCACGCCGUUCUUCUAAAAGUCCCCAUGAUUCCUCCUGGUGUCUUGAGAAGUUCCACACCGCUGACCAUUGAGAUAACGGUAGGGAAUGAAGUUAGCAUCGGAAAAACCUCUGACAGCGAUAUCAAUUAUGGUGUAUCAGACGGUACCAGAUUUAUCGGGUUUGAAACGUGCGAUAAGAGAAAUUAUAACUUCAAAUCCCCAUGUUACGGGAUAGAAGGCACGUCUGGCUCUACUCUAACUUCGUUUCGAUAUACUGCAUUUACUCCCAAGCCCAUCGACUCUUUCUACCCCGGUCAGUUUGUCUUUACUCUCAAGCUGGAUGAACGCUGGGGCUCCUGCUACACUGCGCAUGACGGAGGUUACGUGAGGACCGCUGGCUACAACAACCGACUGAUGCUCAACAAGGGACUCACUCUUGAAGUUUAUAAGGAACACGGAGAUACGGUUGGGAUCAAGUUCAUUAAAGUCGUGAUCAUACAAGACAAUGCGUAGAACGUGGAAUGAGGCAAAUGAUUAUGUUCUGUAUAAUAAUUUGAUUUGAUAUUCUGAUAACGUAACUGGCCCCUAUAACGUUCGAUCUGCAUUUUCUCAUAUUUCAUUACACGACUAAGCUAUAUCAGAGGGCCAAUAACUAUUUUCGGUAGAAUAAAAUUGCUCUAUUGCC